CGUGCGUGCCAGGACGCGCAGCGCGGAGUUGGUACGAACAUCUUCAGACCGAAAACACUCCGGCUGCUGCGCUCACCGAUGUGCCGCGGACCGCUCACUGUCUGUCGGAUCUGACGCGGGAUUUGACAUGUUCGAGCUGCGGGGAUGACGGCUGAACGCGGAGCGGGCGGCGCAGGAGAACGUGUGCCUUCUUCGGAGCAGAACGGGUCGGGAGCCCCGGAGCAGGACUCGGAGCGCUUGGAGGCCAGCAGAAGCCUGAAGCGCCAGUUAGCCUACUAGCUAGCAAGCUAGCCAUCUAAUGUUACAAGUAUUUAGGGAGCAAAUAACCAAACGUAACUCGUAGCUGUAGGUAGCCUGUAGUUAGUAGGGGAGCUGUUUUGUUUGGCCUCCUACUUAAAUGUGCCUGUUUAGUUUUUGUUUUAUUUUAGUAGCAUUUGCUUGAAUAACACUUAGCAAGAUUGUUGUUAGCCAUUAGCAUCGUAGCUAGCCAUUGCCCGUAUUUACAGCAGCAACAAGCUAGCUGCGUUAGCCGCUUAGCUAGCGAAUUAACUUUUAUUGCUACAUGUGCUGAUUUUCUUUCAAAGCCAGUUCUUUGCAGUUGAAGUCAACUCGUCUUUGGACUCGCAGUGCAGUUUAGCUUUACUCGAUAGAUUCGUGAACAAGCCAGUGUGACUUUUCCCACCGUGCCUGCCCCGGACGGACCCACCCUUAAGGACUAUCUACCCGGGGCCGAUGCUGACACCUCAGCCCGGAUCACGGCCACGCCAGGAGCCGCUACAGCGAUGCAGCCGCAGCAGAUCUACGACUUUUCAAGUGAAGAGAACAGUCAGAAAUGGAGAGGCCUCUUCGUGCAAGCUUUACGAAAGGUGCAGAAGCAGGUCCACCCAAACCUGACGGCUAAGGAGGACGCUCUCCAGCAUGUGGAGGAGCUGAUCCUGCAGCUCCUCAACAUGCUCUGUGUGGCCCAGCCCCGCACGGUCCAGGAUGUGGAGGAGCGCGUGCAGAAAACGUUCCCCCAUCCCAUAGAUAAGUGGGCCAUUAAUGACGCGGCGGCGGCCAUCGAGAAACGCAAGAGAAGGAACCCUUUGCUUCUUCCUGUGGACAAGAUUCACCCGCUGCUUAAGGAGGUUUUGGGCUACAAGGUGGACUACCAUGUGUCCCUGUACAUCGUGGCGGUGCUUGAAUACAUAUCAGCAGACAUCCUCAAGCUGGCUGGAAACUACGUCUGCAACAUCCGGCACUUUGAAAUCAGCCAGCAGGACAUCAAGGUAUCCAUGUGUGCGGACAAGGUGCUGAUGGACAUGUUUGACCAGGAGGAGGACAUCGGCCUGAUGUCACAGAGCACGGAGGAGCCCUCGGCCUCCGAGGAGGUCACCUACGACGACCUGGUGAGGCUCGAGAUCGCGGAGGAGCGGCAGUACCUGCGAGAGCUCGACCUCAUCAUCAAGGUGUUCCGACAUCACUUCAUGACCAACCCCAAAAUCUUCACACCUCAGGACGUGGAGGUGAUCUUCAGCAACAUUCUGGACAUCCAUGAACUGACCGUGAAGCUGCUGGGGCUGAUCGAGGAUGCGGUGGAGAUGACCGCUGACGGAUGUCCUCAUCCGCUGGUGGGAAGCUGCUUUGAAGACCUGGCAGAGGAGCAAGCGUUUGACCCCUACGAGAUCCUGUCUCAGGACAUCCUGAGCAAAGACUUUCACGAGCACUUCAACAACCUGAUGGCACGCUCCACCGUUGGCCUCUACUUCCAGUCAGUUGCAGAGGGCUUCAAAGAAGCCGUCCAGUAUGUCCUCCCCCAGCUGAUGAUGGUCCCAGUUUACCACUGUCUGCACUACUUUGAGCUGCUGCAGCAACUUCAGGAACGCAGCAAAGACCAAGACGACAGGGAAUGUCUGAAACAGGCCAUCACUGCGCUGCUGAACCUUCAGUGCAGCAUUGAGCGCAGCUACAACAAGCACCAGCCUCGCCGUAAACCCGGCGAGCCCAUGUACCGCCUGUACAGCAGGCAGAACCGCAGCAAGCAGCUCGCCAUCAAGCGCAUGAACGAGAUCCAGAAGAGCAUCGACGGCUGGGAGGGCAAAGACAUCGGCCAGUGUUGCAGCGAGUUCAUCCUGGAGGGGCCGCUCAUAAGAGCCGGCGCCAAGCACGAGAGGCACAACUUCCUGUUCGAUGGCCUCAUGAUCAGCUGCAAGGCCAAUCAGAGCUCCCGGCUCCCGGGGGCGGGAAACGGGGCGGAGUACCGCCUGAAGGAGAAGUUCGUGCUGAGGAAGGUCCGCAUCGUGGACCGGGACGACUCCGCCGACCUGCGGCAUGCCUUUGAGCUGAUGGGCAAGGACGAAAACUGCGCCGUUUUCUGCGCACGGACAGCAGAGGAGAAGGAUUCGUGGAUGGCGGCGCUGAUGACUCUCCAGUACCGGUCCACGUUGGAUCGCAUGUUGGACACGGCGCUGCACACGGAGGAGCAGGAGCACCCGCUCCGGCUGCCCUCCCCAGAUGUUUACCGCUUCGCGGUUCAGGACUCUGAGGAGAACAUCGUGUUCGAAGACAAACUGCAGAGCAAAACCGGCAUCCCCAUCAUAAAGGCCGGCACUGUGGUGAAGCUGAUCGAGAGGCUGACGUACCACAUGUACGCCGAUCCCAACUUCGUGCGAACCUUUUUGACCACCUACCGAUCCUUCUGCAAACCGCAGGAGCUGCUCUCGCUGCUCAUCGACAGGAUCGAGAUUCCCGAGCCGGAGCCCAGCGAGGAGGACCUUCAGGCUCUGUGGAACGGCGAGCAGCCGAUGGCAGCCGAGCUUCAGAGGUUCAGGAAAGAAUACGUGCAGCCUGUCCAGCUCAGGGUCCUCAACGUUUUCCGUCAGUGGGUGGAGCAUCAUUUCUACGACUUUGAGAACGACCCGGACCUGAGAAGUCGCUUGGAGGAUUACAUCACCAGCAGAAUUCAACUCAGAGGUAAAUCCAUGAGGAAGUGGGUGGAGUCCAUCAACAAGAUCAUCAGGAGGAAGCUGCAGACUCAGCUGAACGGCGUCAGCCACAACAUCACCUUCGAGAGCUCGCCCCCUCCCAUCCAGUGGCACAUCUGCACGGCGGGCCAGGUGGAGCAGUUCGACCUCAUGACCCUUCAUCCCAUCGAGAUCGCUCGCCAGCUCACGCUGAUCGAGUCCGACCUGUACAGAGCCGUCCGGCCGUCGGAGCUGGUCGGAAGCGUUUGGACCAAAGAGGACAAAGAGAAGAACUCUCCGAACCUGCUGCGGAUGAUCCGCCACACCACCAACCUCACGCUGUGGUUCGAGAAGUGUAUCGUGGAAACCAUGAACCUGGAGGAGCGGGCCGCCGUCCUGUCGCGGGUCAUCGAGAUUUUGCAGGUUUUCCAGGAGCUCAACAACUUCAACGGCGUUCUUGAGGUGGUCAGCGCCAUCAACUCUGUGCCGGUCUACAGGCUGGACCACACCUUUGAGGCCAUACCAGAGAGGAAAAGGAAAGUCCUGGAGGACGCCGUGGAUCUGAGUCAGGACCAUUUCAAAAAGUACCUGAUUAAGCUGAAGUCCAUCAACCCCCCCUGCGUGCCUUUCUUUGGUAUCUACCUAACCAACAUCUUGAAGACGGAGGAGGGAAACCCCGACUUCCUGAAGCGCCACGGCAAAGACCUGAUCAACUUCAGCAAGAGGAGGAAAGUGGCGGAAAUCACAGGGGAGAUCCAGCAGUACCAGAACCAGCCGUACUGUCUGAGGAUGGAGCAGGACAUCCGGAGGUUCUUCGAGAACCUGAACCCCAUGGGCUCCAAGAGCGAGAAGGAGUUUUCCGACUACCUGUUCAAGAUGUCUCUGGAGAUCGAGCCCCGCAACUGCAAGCAGCCCCCCCGAUUUCCCAGGAAGACCAUGUACACCCUGAAGUCCCCGGGCAUCCGGCCCGUCCGGACGUCCACAGCCGGCACCCUGAAGAGCCACCCCUUCCCCCUGGAGCGGGAGCCCCCCCACAAGACCUUCCGCAGCAUAGCCCCCGCCGCCACCGAGACCGAGCUGGACCCCCCGGCCUCCGUCUCGGUCCCCACCUCCCCCAACUCCCCCACGCCCCCGCAGUCGGCCUCCUCGGACCCCUGCCCCGUCUUCAACGACCUGGACGCCGGCGGCGGUGAGUUCAGCGGCUCUGCCGAGCGCCGGUCCAAAGCCGCUCAUUUACCCAACCUGAACCUGAACGUUUCCACCGCAGGUCCCCCCAACUCGGCUCUGCAGCUCUCAAAGAUGCAGUUCGCCUCCUGCGGGAGUCUGCACCAGCUGGUGGAGGAGCUGAGGCCGCCUCCUCUACCCCCCCGACGGAAAGACGCCACGUCUGAAGCUAAACUGAUCUCCCGAUCAGAGAGCCCCCCCGCCAUCCCUCCCCGGCUGCCCCCCCCACCUCCCAGGAACCAGCCGAGGCAGACGCUCUACAACAGCCCCUCCCCCGACGGACCCCUGCCCAGCCCUCCACCUCCUCCUCCACGAGACCCGCUCCCCGACACCCCCCCGCCGGUCCCACAGCGCCCCCCGGAGAUCUUCAUCAACUACCCCCUGAACCCGCAGCCCUCCCCUGGGGGGCGGUACCACUGGGACAUCUGCACCUCCCCCAGCUCGCCCAACACGCCCCCCAGCACGCCGUCUCCUCGCGUCCCCAGGCGGAGCUGCCCCGGCCAGAACAGCCUCUGCCCCGCCCCCAUCACCGCCCCACCCAUCCCGCCCCGUCACAACUACAGCCCGCAGCUCCCCAAGCUCCCCCCAAAGACCUACAAGCGGGAGGCGCUGCAGCCCCCCCUGCAAGGCCUGUCAUUGGUGGAGAACACGGAGAGCAGCCAAUAAGACCGCUGCCCCCUCCCCCUCCUCCAGCACACCUCUCAGGUGAUUUGAGACUUUGGCCCCCCCAUCCACCCUUCGUGCCAGCUUACAGAUGGGGGAGUCAGCUUUGCCCCCACCCUCACCAAAGUGGGGGGGUAGAUCAGAUCUGGACUCCAUGGUUGAGGUGCAGAAGUCUUACUUUUAUGCAGGAGGGGGGGGGCCUUAUUUGUUAUAUGUGACACUACGAAGCCCCAGCAAGAGGUAAAAGCCCCCCACCACCCCCGCCCCCUCCCGCUGUACACUGUGACUUAAUCGUAGCAAGUCGAGCUCGGCCGAGUCACUUCAGCUGAAGCCACAACACGUUGCCUUUCAAAACAGAGCUGACCUCUGACCCCCGGGGGGGGCACUCUUUUGCACUUCAGGUCCAGGCCAAGCCGUGGGUUUGAGUCCGGACGUCACACGUUUGAGUGCGGACGCUGCAGCCAGACCCAUGACCCGUUCAGUGGACACUGUGCCCCCCCCCCACGCUCUUUUUCAAACUUUGCACUGGAAGGUCGCGUUCCCCCACCAAAGCUGGGUCUGCCCCCCCCCACAAAGAUGCCGGCUUCUCCUGGGUCUGAGCGCGCUCAGAUGUGCCUUUUCUACAUGUACGCGCUGACUGUACAUGCGUGUGGAGACUGUAUGUAUAGAACCCAUGUACACACUAACGGACCCCCCCUCCCCUCCCCCGUCCGCUCACGUGUCCCGAUGAUCCGAUGCUGCUACGGUCGGAGGAAUCGAACCUUCUCUCCUGAACUGACGGACACUCUGCAGGUGAGACACCGAGGAAAGCCAUCGUUGGAGAACCCGCUUUGGUUCCACCAGAAACCUUCAGCCCCCCCUUUCCCCGCCCCGCCCCGCCCCCGCUGGGCAGCGGCGGGGACCGACCCGCCGGAUGUUUUGGAGCUUAGUGAAGAAUUUGGACUUUUUUUUCUUUCUUUGUUUUUUUUUCUUGGCAGAAACACUUUGUGCACUUUAGGCUGUACUGUUGAAAGCGGCGGUUGCCGCGGCGACCGCUGAACUCGCGCCAACACGCAUCAGGGCAGACAAACUCCACCCCCUCACACACACACGCCUCCACUCCCCCCCCGCUCUGGAAACGCAGAGCCGUCCUCCCGUUUGGACGCGGCGAGAACCGAACGUUUUGGUGGAACCGGUGCGGGGGGGGUGGGGGGGGUGGUUCUCCUGCAGCGGCCCGGUCCGGCAGCCGCUCUGCUCCGUGGUUUGUGGCCUUUUAACUGCUUUGUAUUAACGGUCUUGAUGAGAUUAAUAAAUCACCCAGUCUUAUUCUGAGCUCUUUCCUUCAUUUGGACCUGAGUUCUUCAUUGAAAACCCAAAAAAGACCCUCAAACACCAACGUUCUAGCCGAGGGUUCGAGUCCGGCUGACCGUUCCUGGUCUGCUGAGAUGUUUCCAUCCCUCCAGGUCGGACCUUUUCAUGUCACGUCUUUCAUCCUGACCUUCUGCUUUCUCAAAGCCUCCAAACAUUCAAUCAUUUUAAUUUGAAAAUCUCACAAGAGAAACCCGUCAAAAUAAAAGCCCUGUAAGUUCA